AUAAUAAGCUCUAGACUACUUUUCCCUAAAAAAAGAGGAAAUAAAGACUCAAUUACUACCUAAUAUAAAAACUAGGAUGAGACGCACAAAGCAUCAUCACAAAGAUCAGAAACAAAAAAAAAAAACAAAUCCAUGGCAGAAGAUAAGGCAAAAAACCCACAUGUCCUCGUCUUCCCCUUCCCCAUUCAGGGUCAUAUCCCUCCGAUACUCAAACUAGCGGAGCUUCUAUCGCUCUCUGGCUUCCAUAUAACCUUCCUCAACACGGAAACCAUCCAUAACCGCCUGCUCAAAAACUCUCCUGCCCUCGAGCAACUGGCUCAACAGCCUAGGUUCAGAUUCAAAACACUCCCUGAUGGACUCACUAGCAACAAUACUGAGCCAAUUUUACAAGUAGUAGACCUUGUAGACUCAAUAAGGGCUCGAUGUAGUGAACUCUAUAGGGAGACUUUGGUGCCUAAGAAUGGUGAAGACCCCGACGGGUGGCCACCAGUUACUUGUGUUGUGGCCGAUGGGUUGAUGCCUGUUGCAUUUGAUGUGGCUGAGGAGAUGAUGGUUCCUGUGAUCCUUCUGCGUACAAGCAGUCCUUGCAGUGUGUGGGCUUAUUACUCCAUUCCAGAGCUCAUAAAAAGAGGAGAGCUCCCGUUCCCUGAGGAGGCUGACAUGGAUGAUCCGAUACAAGGGGUAGAAGGGAUGCAGAGUCUCUUACGACGCAGAGAUCUUCCAGGCACACUAAGACACGCCAAAUCUCCAAAUGAUCGAGUCCUUGGAUUCUUUAACACUGCGAGCAACAACUUGGGAAGAGCGAAAGCUCUCAUCCUAAACACCUUCGAACCAUUAGAUUCACUUGUCCUAUCUCACAUUCGUUCUGUCUGUCCAAUCAUUUACACUAUCGGGCCUCUUCACCUUCUUCAAAGAAACUUGAAUUCAUCCACCAAUUUCCCUAGUUUCUGGCUACAGGAUAGAUCUUGUAUCGAGUGGCUAGACUCCCAACCAAACAAGUCAGUUGUCUAUAUCAGCUUCGGUAGCAUAACAACCAUGACGGGGUACAAGUUUCACGAGUUUUUUCAUGGGCUUGUCAAUAGCGGCCAUUGUAGCAUAACAACCAUGACGGGGUACAAGUUUCACGAGUUUUUUCAUGGGCUUGUCAAUAGCGGCCAUAGGUUCUUAUGGGUGAUUCGACCUGAUCUUGUACAAGGAAUCACAACAGAGCUAGAGAUAUACACAACGGAAAGGGUUUGUUUCGUGCCAUGGGCCCCACAAGAAGAGGUACUAGCCCAUCCAGCAAUUGGGUGCUUCUUGACGCAUAGCGGAUGGAACUCGACGUUGGAGAGCAUUGCAGCGGGGGUGCCGAUGAUAUGUUGGCCAUUCUUUGCUGACCAACAAAUUACCAGUAGGUAUGUGGGUGAAGUGUGGAAGAUUGGAGUAGACAUGAAGGAUACAUGCGAUAGGAACACUAUAGAGAGUAUGGCUAGGAAGGUAAUGGUGGAUGAGGGGCUGAGGAAGUCAGUAAGUGAGAUGGCUAAUAUUGCAAGAGAAAGUGUGAAGGAAAAUGGAUCUUCUAACAUGAACUUUCAAAAAUUAGUCCAACAUAUCAAAUCAUUAAGAAUAUAAUAGCCGAUAAUUUGAAUAAACAGGAGCGCGUUGCUAUUAGAUGCUAUGUAUCACAGCUUAUGACGCAAGCUUGUUUCUGUGUUAUUAAUGGAAGAAUAUUGCGCAUGGAAAGAAGUUGGUAGCCUUAGAAAUUAUGAUUUCAGGUGGAUUUACAGCAUCAGAAACCAAUGGAGGGUCUAUUUUGUGGACUGCUACAGUCGGCUAUUAUUUAGACUUGAUUAUAACAAUAUAUUAUUUAGAGUAGUAACGGAUUUGAUAAUGUUGAGUAAAAAAAGAAAAUGAAUGCAAAUCAUAGCAAGUAUCAUGUCAUAACUAUCUUAUGGAUGACAAAUCAGCUGAUAGUGUUGAAUGAAAAGUGUGAAUGACUGCAAAUCCCCGAGAUGUGCUAUCAUAACGAUCAAGUAUUAAUAGAUUUUGAUGAGAAAAAUGGACGCUUCACUUUUUUGACAUUAGGAGAGUCAAAACCCCUAUGAUCUAUUGAAGAAUCACAAAAGAGCUCCUACAUUUGAGACAAAAAUUGAGGAUUCUAAAUCUUAGAUAACAGCUACAAGACUAUAGAAUAAUGCAUCAUGCAAUUCCAACAGCUGAAGUAAUCUCAAAGCCAUAGGUUGGCAAAAAUAUCUUCUUCAUCUGAGUCUUAUUUGCUGUUCAAUGUUGCAUUCGUAUUUCGGUUUUGAAUGAGA